GGGAGGAGAAAAAAAAAAUAGUAGCAAGUUGUAGUUGUAGGAGAAACACCAAAGCAAAGCCCUUCAGGAUGGACCUGUGCCCACAGUGACAGGAGCCAAGGGGCAGGACGCAGGGACACCAUGGGCAGCAAGGAGCGCUUCCACUGGCAGAGCCACAAUGUCAAGCAGAGCGGGGUGGAUGACAUGGUCCUGCUCUCCAAGAUCUCCGAGGAGGCCAUCGUGGAGAACCUCAAGAAGCGUUUUAUGGACGAUUACAUCUUUACUUACAUCGGGCCGGUGCUCAUUUCUGUCAACCCCUUCAAGCAGAUGCCGUACUUCACCGACCGAGAGAUCGAGCUGUACCAGGGGGCGGCUCAGUAUGAAAAUCCCCCCCACAUCUAUGCGCUGACGGACAAUAUGUACCGAAACAUGCUGAUCGACGGGGAGAACCAAUGCGUCAUCAUCAGUGGAGAAAGUGGGGCCGGGAAAACAGUGGCAGCAAAAUACAUCAUGGGCUACAUCUCCAAAGUGUCCGGGGGUGGCGACAAGGUGCAGCAUGUGAAGGACAUCAUCCUGCAGUCCAACCCACUGCUGGAAGCCUUCGGCAACGCCAAAACCGUCCGCAACAACAACUCGAGCCGCUUUGGGAAGUACUUCGAGAUCCAGUUCAGCCGGGGCGGCGAGCCCGACGGGGGGAAGAUCUCCAACUUCCUGCUGGAGAAGUCACGGGUGGUGAGCCAGAACGAGCACGAGAGGAACUUUCACAUCUACUACCAGCUCAUCGAAGGGGCGUCCCAAGAGCAGCGGCAGAACCUGGGCAUCAUGAGCCCGGAUUAUUACUACUACUUGAACCAGUCAGACACAUACCAGGUAGAAGGCACGGACGACCGCAAUGACUUCCAUGAGACCAUGAACGCCAUGCAGGUGAUCGGCAUCCGGGGCGAGGACCAGCAGCUGGUGCUGCAGAUCGUGGCAGGGAUCCUCCACCUGGGCAACAUCAGCUUCCGGGAGGAGGGCAACUAUGCCCAGGUGGAAAAUGCUGACUCCCUGGCCUUCCCUGCCUACCUGCUGGGCAUCGACCGCGACCGCCUCAACAGCAAGGUCACCAGCCGCAAGAUGGACAGCAAGUGGGGUGGACGCUCUGAGUCCAUCACCGUCACCCUCAACGUGGAGCAGGCGGCUUACACCCGGGAUGCCCUGGCCAAGGGACUCUAUGCUCGUGUCUUUGACUUCCUCGUGGAGUCCAUCAACAGGGCCAUGCAGAAGCCAUACGAGGAGUACAGCAUUGGAGUGCUGGACAUCUAUGGCUUUGAAAUAUUUCAGAAAAAUGGUUUUGAGCAGUUCUGCAUUAACUUUGUGAACGAGAAGCUGCAGCAGAUCUUCAUAGAGCUGACCCUGAAGGCAGAACAGGAGGAGUACGUGCAGGAGGGCAUCAAAUGGACCCAGAUCCAGUACUUCAACAACAAGGUGGUGUGCGACCUGAUAGAGAACAAGCUGAACCCUCCUGGGAUCAUGAGUGUCCUGGAUGACGUCUGUGCCACCAUGCAUGCCACCGGUGAGGGCGCUGACCAGACCCUGCUGCAGAAGCUGCAGGCAGCCGUGGGCACCCAUGAGCACUUCAACAGCUGGAGCUCAGGCUUCAUCAUCCACCACUAUGCGGGCAAGGUCUCCUACGACGUGAACGGCUUCUGUGAGCGCAACAGGGAUGUGCUCUUCACUGACCUGAUUGAGCUCAUGCAGAGCAGCGAAUAUGGUUUCAUCCGGAUGCUUUUCCCGGAGAAGCUUGAUUCUGACAAAAAGGGCCGCCCAACCACAGCGGGCUCCAAAAUCAAGAAACAGGCUAACGACCUGGUGAACACGUUAAUGAAGUGCACACCACACUACAUCCGCUGCAUCAAGCCCAACGAGACCAAGAAACCCCGUGACUGGGAGGAGAGCAGGGUGAAGCACCAAGUUGAGUACCUGGGGCUGAAGGAGAAUAUCCGCGUACGCCGGGCUGGUUUCGCUUACCGCCGCCUCUUCCAGAAAUUCCUGCAACGCUAUGCCAUCCUCACCCCUGAGACAUGGCCAUGCUGGCGCGGGGAUGAGCGGCAAGGUGUGCAGCACUUGCUGCACUCCGUCAACAUGGACCCAGACCAGUACCAGAUGGGACGGAGCAAGGUGUUCGUCAAGAACCCUGAGUCGCUCUUCCUCCUGGAGGAGAUGAGGGAGCGGAAAUUUGAUGGCUUCGCCCGGGUGAUCCAGAAGGCCUGGCGCCGGCAUGUCGCUAUCCGGAAAUAUGAGCAGAUGCGAGAGGAGGCCUCCAGCAUCCUCUACAACUGCAAAGAGCGGCGGAGGAACAGCAUCAACAGGAAUUUUGUGGGUGAUUACCUGGGCAUGGAGGAGCGGCCAGAGCUGCGACAGUUCCUAACCAAGAGGGAGCGGGUUGACUUCGCUGACUCCAUCACGAAGUAUGACCGGAGGUUCAAGCCCAUUAAGCGGGACUUCAUCCUCACCCCCAAGUACUUUUACCUGAUUGGGCGGGAGAAGGUGAAAAAAGGCCCUGAGAAGGGGCAGAUCAAGGAGGUGCUCAAGAAGAAGGUGGAGAUCCAGGCAGUGAGCGGCAUCUCGCUGAGCACCCGGCAGGAUGAUUUCUUCAUCCUCCAUGAGAACGAUGCCGACAACUUCCUUGAGUCCAUCUUCAAGACGGAGCUGGUCAGCCUGCUGAGCAAGCGCUAUGAGGAGCUCACCCAUACCAAGCUGCAACUCACCUUCAAAGACACACUACAGUUUCGCGUGAAGAAGGAGGGCUGGGGUGGUGGCAGCACCCGCAAUGUCACCUUCAUGAGAGGACAGGGCGACAUGGCCAUCCUCAAAGCUGGAGGCAAAACCCUUACGGUCAGCAUCGGGGACGGGCUCCCCAGGAACUCCAAGCCCACAAGGAAAGGGGUGACGCAGAGCAGAGGUGGCAGCAGGUAUCCAGCACCCUCCCGGCGUGCCCCCCCAGCAACCCAAGGCACCUGCAAGAACGGGGCUCCCCAGUUCCCACGUGGGAACAGCCAGGCUCAGCGGGACACCUACAAGACACCCCAGAAGCAGGCGCGGGCACCACCGGCCACAGUGCUGCCCACCCAAAGCACAAGCCGCCGGCCAAAGACACGGCCCCCAUCCGAGCAGAACAUGGAGUUCCUCAACGUGCCCGACCAGGGGGUGGCCGGCAUGCAGCGGAGGCGAAGCGUGGGCCAGCGGCCACCCCCAGCUGGGCGUCCCAAGCCGCAGCCCAAGGUGGCCACACCACGCUGCCGUGCGCUGUACCAGUACAUCGGGCAGGAUGUGGAUGAGCUCAGCUUCAACGUGGGAGACAUCAUCGACAUCCUGCUGGAAGAUAUCUCUGGCUGGUGGAAGGGACGGCUGCAUGGCAAGGAGGGGCUUUUCCCUGGGAACUAUGUGCAGAAGAUCUGAGCCAGGUGCAGUGGACAAGGAUGCUCCCCGGAGAUGCCAGCCAUGGGAAUGCAGCCCUGCGGAUCCUCUCCCCAAUAUCAAGCAAGUUGCCAUCCCCAGCCCCUCGCCACCGCUGGAUCCAGUCUGGUGGCAGCCACCGGUUUCUGCAGCUGCUUCAGACGGUGGAGCAGGGCCAGGCUCUUUGCUGCUUGUUCGUACAGUGGUUGUGGAACUGCUGAGGUGACUCUGGGGCACGAAUAGUUUUAUCGUUGGUAAUUAUAGCAGUGAAGUUACUUGUGGUGGCUUUGGGCUUCUGACCUCGCUGCCGGAUGGUUCAUGCAUUGCAAACACAGCAACUCUGAGUUGGACUCAAAAGAAUGAGCCCAGAGUUUGUGUUCCCCACUGAUCCCCCCGAGACCCAGCCCGCAGCGCUGGCUGUCCCUAGGACAGAGGCCCUGUAUGUGUCCGCAUGCGGGGAUGAGGGUGAGUGCACACCAGAGCAGCCCCAUCCCCUCUGCAUCAAAUCCUCCAGAAGAUGGUGAACAUGAACCAGCUCCCCCCAGACUCCAUCUCAGGCUCUUGCACAUCUCAGCACCACUCCGGAGCACCUGGCAGUGCCGGCCAGGAGCCACAGGGCAGCGGGGAGACAAAGCCCUGGAAUGGGGGUGCAGCAGGACCUGCGUGUCAGCGCAGUGCUUGAUUUCCUGCAGGACUUGCUGCAAGAAGGACUGAGCUGUGGCUCCGCGUAUUUGGGUCCUGAUCCAAGGGGGCCACGGGCGGCACAGACGGGCCCAAGCCCCCUGCUGUGGCGAACACGGAGCUGCCCCCCUCUCCAGCAUCACAGGCAGGGGGUCUCACCCGUGGGGUGCUGAGGCUGGAAGCCACUGUCCACGGCCACGCUGAGGUGACCCCAAGCACAGCCCCUUGGGG